UUGCGACACAGGAAGUGUAGAGAUAAACAGAAGCGACUGGGUUUCCAUGGAAAUAUUUUAGAUUUUCUGCAGCAUGCAUCUGGGCGUAAAUCAAUAUAUUAUUUACAAUUACGUAGCUGGUUUCAUCAUUUGGUUGUUUUAUUAUGUAAAUAUACAAACUGCUUAGCCGUAAAAUGUUUAUAAUGGAUUAGUUUGCUAGUUUAAGCACGUUAUUUUGAUGAACUGCAUGUUUUCCACCGUUUAUUCGUAAUAUGCAAGUGGAACUGAGUAAAAACAUCGUACUAACAGUAUAUUUCUACUAAUAGCAGUUUGAAGAUGUACGCGCCACAUGGUUUGCUUUCAUAACAUCGACUUGAUAUAGCCUAACUUACUUCCAGACUUGGCGGAUUUAGCGCGCGCAGCCAUCAUAAACGCUGCCUAAAAGCAAAAGAUACUUCACUCGUCCAGGGCAGGCACUCGCAGCGUGAGAGGCGAGGAUGGCUUAUGUGGUGUUGGGCGUUGGGACAGGUGUGUUUAUCAUUGCUUUAACCUGGAUAGUGACUCUCGUGCUCGCCAUCGUUCUGUCGCGCGCAACCGGCCCAACUAAGUUAGGGAUCAUCCCUAUAUUUCUUCUGGCGCUCACCAUCACUCUGGUUUUAGUCUUUUUCCCUCGCGCACCUGAAGUUCCCUCGCCUGAGAGAGCAGUUCAGAUAGUGGAUAUGUUCUUCAUCGGCCGGUACGUGCUCCUGUCCUUGGUGAGUGUGGUGUUCUUGGCAGCCCUGUUCAUGUUGCUGCCCUUACAUUUCCUGGAGCCCGUGUAUGCCAAGCCCCUGAGAACACACUAGACCGUGAGGCUUCAUGUGCCAAACUCCUACAGAUAUCCCAAAGCAGGGCAGCCAACCUGGCAGCGCCGUCGAUCAACGAGCCCCGCUUGAGAUGAGAGGACAGCAGAAGGUUCCAGAGCUUUUGUCUUUCUGUCCAAAUCAGAGACGUCCACAUCUCUCUGAGAGCACAACAUAGACUGGCCUGCAUGCAGCAUAUGCAUUGCAAAUGUUUAGGAGGGUGUGGUUGGGUAAAGUUU